AUGCUAUCACUUAGAAGAUACAUGCGUAUUCCAAAUGAAUUGAGGCUUUCAGAGAUUUUUAAACAGGACUCAUUGUCCCCUCGUAAGAUAUUUUUACAAAUCGUCCUUCUGCAAUUAUUCUAUUAUACAACUGCCACCUUAUUGUUUUGUUGUUGGGCAAACAUCGAGGGACAUAAAAUAGAGAUAAAAAAAUGGCUAUUUUCCUUUGAAAAUAUUGAUAUAACUAAUACAUAUGGUCUUUCCAUGUGUUUACUGUGGCUUCUAGAUGCUCUCAUUUGCGUUAUUUUCCUGACUGUUAUCGUUGGUAGAAGUAAACUGGCCUGGGAUUUCGCUGUAACUAUUCAUGCUAUUAAUUUUAUUGCAGUUUGUCUAUAUACGGGUGAGAUACCCUCUUUAACAUGGUUUAUGUUGCAGUUUUGUUCUUCAUUAAUCUUAAUCUUUUUGGGUACGUGGACUACAAGAUGGAGAGAACUAAGGGAUACCUUUUUUGAAGGUAUGUUGGACGAAGAUAAUGUUGCAAAUAUGCAGUUGCAAGAUAUGGAUACUUUGGAGAAUGGAAAUUCCCGAGUAAAGGACCUGGAAAGUCAAUAA